CGAAAUGGGAUCUGUCCCGUUUCUUUCUGGAUUGACUUGCCACCGCGCACGAGCCCUGGCUGCAUCUGUUGCGAUCGAUCUGCCUGGCGAUCCAACCGGCCUGCACCGGCCAAUCUUCAUCGACCCGCGAGACAGGACAGCCGGCCUCCAUCGACCGGCGAGAUAGAUCCCAUCCGAGAAUGAGCAGCGGCCCGGCACGAGAGCCCGAGUUUACUGCUGCCGGCUCCCGAGAGCUCGAAACGCUGCGGCUCAAGCUCGGGCAGCUCCACGAAUCGCUCAGUGACUUUUUGCAGAUCCACCCACACUCUCCAUGGCCAGUCGUCCAGAGCCAGUUCAGCACUUUGUUGGCCAAGUACGAGACCAUCGUGAACGAGCUCGGGAGUGAUGUUCUCAAGCAGCUCCUCGUCUUCCCGAAAUCCCUGCCUGUGGAGGACCCCGACUUUUUGCCGCGGGUGCUGCUCCGGACCAAGUUGAUUCCAGAGAUCGAGGAGAGUUAUGCCGAUACCAAGAAGCGAGCGUCGAUGGAAACCAUCAGCAACGCCAGCAAAGACGAGACCGCCGCUGCCCGAGCCUGGAGAUACCAAGCAAAGGCAAAUGUCGACAGGCACGACGACAUUGCCGACGGCGCGUACGAUACCUUCAAGAUGCUGGCUUCGGAGUAUGACUUCAAGCUGCGAAUAGCAGACGAGAGCGACGAUGAAGACGAAGAAGAAGAAGAAGAAGACGAGGUUGGAGACGACGAUGGAGACGCUAUGGACGAAGACGAGGCCCCAAACAGCAAGCCGUCACACGCCGCGCCUGUGACUGAGGAGCGACGCAAAGCGAUCAUUGAGGCCAUGCUCAAGAGAAUCUCGUCUGGUCCAGCGUUUCUGUGAUCCAGCCCUCAAGAAUAACCUGAACAAGCUCGUCGACUCAAACGAUACAGCUCCCUCCCACAGCAUCCUUCCCUUGCGACCGACGCAAAAUCGCUCUCGCACCCUUCACGAACGCAUAGCACUGC